GGCCCUGAGCCUCUUCCGUAAAUUUAUUUAUUGUAAAUGUAAAGGGAAAAAUUUCCAAAUAAUAAAAAAAGUUACAUAAAAAAUACACAAUAUAUUUUAAGGAAUAAAAUACGUUUGUUGCCUGUGGGUUGACUUUUUAACUAGUUUUUAUUUUUAUUUUUUGGCCCUUUUUCAUCAUUUUUUUUUUUACUGUUAUAGUUGUUAUUCCAAAAAUGAUUAUAUUCCAGAUUUUCUCCUGUUGGUGGCGGCCUUUGAAAUAUUUACAUAUAUAUUGGUCUACAUUAAAACCAUAACAUCUGGAAAAUGAAAACGGAAAAAAGGUACCCUAAUGACGUAUUUCCGGUUUGGCCACAACAGUGGCGGGAGAUUCCAGCAUGGCGGUGCAACCGAAACAGAACCUGUCCAUGGACAGUGCAGCCGAGCAUGGCUUCCUCAGCUUCAUUUUCUCCAUGCCGGAGAAACCGGACACCACUUUCAGGAUAUUUGACCGGAACGACUACUACACCGUUCACGGGAAAGACGCCAUAUUCGCUGCGAAGGAAGUUUUCAAGACGAAUGGGGUCAUCAAACAUUUGGGCUCAGGGAGUCGUAAGCUGGAGAGUGUGGUCCUGAGCAAGCUCAACUUUGAGGCCUUUGCGAAGGACCUGCUGCUGGUGAAGCAGUACAGAGUGGAAGUGUACAAGAACCACAGCAAGAGCAGCAAGGAGCACGACUGGAGGAUCGAGUACAAGGCCUCUCCUGGAAACCUGACUCAGUUUGAGGAGAUCCUGUUCGGAGGUGGAGCCGGUGCAGAGGGUUGUGCGGGAGUUGUAGCCGUGCGUUUCUCUACGGGAGCUGACGGACAGCGCGUGGUUGGGGUCGGCUAUGUGGACGCAGCUCAGAGGACGAUGGGAGUGUGUGAGUUCCCGGACAACGAGAUCUUCUCCAACCUGGAGUCCCUGCUCGUCCAGAUCAGCCCCAAGGAGUGUCUCCUAGUGCAGGGCGAGGGCAGCAAUGACGGCGGUAAACUGCGGGAGGUGGUGCAGCGUGGUGGGAUGCUGGUCUCUGACAGGAAGAGAGCGGAGUUCAGCAGUAAGGACAUGGUGCAGGAUCUGAACCGGCUGCUGAGGGCAAAGAAAGGAGAGACGGUGGUGAGCAACACACUGCCUGAGCUCGACAAACAGGUGGCGAUGUCGUGCUUGGCUGCAGUUGUGCGCUUCCUGGAGCUCCUCUCUGAUGAGUCCAACUUUAACUCGUUCAGUCUGACCGCGCUGGAUCUGGGUCAGUACAUGAGGCUGGACAACGCUGCCGUGAGGGCUUUGAACCUCUUCCAGGGGUCACCUGACGACACCAGUGGAGCCCACUCAUUGGCCGGUCUGUUGAAUAAGUGUCGUACCCCGCAGGGUCAGCGUCUGGUCAACCAGUGGAUCAAACAACCGCUCAUGGACAAAACCAAAAUAGAGGAGAGGUUGGACCUGGUGGAGAGCUUUGUGUGCGACUCAGAGCUCAGGCAGAUCUGUCAGGAGGACUUGCUGCGCCGGUUUCCUGACCUGCACCGUCUGGCAAAGAAGUUCCACCGUCACUCUGCGACCCUGCAGGACUGUUACCGUGUGUAUCAGGCCGUGAGCCACCUCCCCGCUCUCAUCACAGCGCUGGAGAGAUACUCAGGUAGCUACCAGGUUCUGUUGGCGGCUGCGUUCCUCUCUCCUCUCAGAGACCUGCUGACUGACUUUGUUAAAUAUCAGGAGAUGAUUGAAACCACGCUGGACAUGAACCAGGUUGAUCACCAUGAGUUCCUGGUGAAGGCGUCGUUUGAUCCCGUGCUGAGUGAGCUCAGAGAAAAGAUGGACGAGCUGGAGAAGAGCAUGCAGGCGGUGCUGAGCAGUGCAGCCCGAGAACUUGGUCUCGACGCUGGUAAGACGGUGAAGCUGGAGUCCAAUGCCAUGCUGGGAUUUUACCUGAGAGUCACCUGUAAGGAGGAGAAGGGUCUGAGGAACAACAAGAAGUUCACUACACUGGAUGUUCAAAAGAACGGCGUGCGCUUCACCAACAGUAAGCUGAGCUCCUUUAACGAGGAGUACACCAAGCACAGGGAGGAGUACGAGGAGGCGCAGAACGCCAUCGUCAAAGAGAUCAUCAACAUCUCCUCAGGGUACGUGGAUCCUCUGCAGACCCUGAGCGACGUGAUCGCUCAGCUGGACGCCGUGGUGAGUUUCGCGGUGGCGUCCGUCUCUGCUCCCGUGCCGUACGUUCGACCCCACCUGCUGCCCGACGGCUGCAGACGCAUGGGGCUGAAGCAGGCGAGACAUCCCUGCAUGGAGACGGAUGCGGACACCGCCUUCAUACCCAACGACAUCAGCUUCGUACAGGGAGAGAAGAGCUUCUACAUCAUCACAGGACCAAACAUGGGCGGUAAGUCGACAUUUAUCCGUCAGGUGGGCGUGAUCGCUCUGAUGGCUCAGAUCGGCUGCUUUGUACCCUGUGAGGAGGCGGAGCUUAGUGUGAUUGACAGCAUCCUGGCUCGGGUGGGAGCAGGAGACAGCCAGGUGAAAGGAGUGUCCACUUUCAUGUCCGAGAUGCUGGAGACGGCCGCCAUUCUGCGCUCGGCUACAGAGAACUCACUCAUCAUCAUCGACGAGCUCGGCAGAGGCACGUCCACGUACGACGGCUUCGGUCUGGCCUGGGCCAUCAGCGAACACAUCGCCUCUAAGAUCAGCUGCUUCUGCCUGUUCGCCACUCACUUCCACGAGCUGACGGCGCUCGCAGCUCUGCAGCCGUCUGUCCACAACCUGCACGUCACAGCACUGACCACACACAACACACUGACCAUGCUGUACAGAAUCAGACCAGGUGUGUGCGAUCAGAGUUUUGGUAUCCACGUUGCCGAGUUGGCCUGCUUCCCGCCAUCUGUUGUUGCCAUGGCGAAGGAGAAAGCGGAGGAGCUGGAGGAGUUCCAGGAGCCGGCCGGAGAGAAGUCGGAGAGGGAGGAAGAGCCCAAGGCCAAGAGACGGCGCUCUGAGAAACAAACAGGGGAAAACCUGAUCCAAGACUUCCUGGAGAAGGUGAAGUCACUUCCUGCUUCCACCAUGAGCGAUGAAGAGGUGAAGUCGGCGCUCAAAAGGAUGAAGGAGGAACUCCUCACCGAAAACAACUCGUACAUCAAAGACAUCCUCUCGCGCUGCGCUCCUGUAAAAACAGCCUGAUCACGGAUUCACACUCUGGUUUACAUCAUUAACUUUAGUAACCACACUAACUCUCUUAUUCUGUAUAGUUUUUCAAUAAAGAUGUUCCCUGAGCUGC